CCAGUGCUGGUCUUCGAGCAGCACUCUCAACCCCUGUGCUGGUCUUUGAGCAGCACUUCCGACGCCACCUCAGUGCUCGUUUUCAAGCUCGUCGACGUCUGCCUUCAAUCGGGCUUACGCAGAUUCCAAUAACUCCGCUGCACGCCAAACGCCAUGGACAUUAAGGAGGACGCGCGCGUGGUCGUCGAGAAGGGCGCCAUCGCCGACCCUGCUCCUCUGGGUCUGGCGGCCUUUGCGCUGACCACGUACGUCCUCUCGUGCCACAACGCCGGCUGGGCUCCCGACGUCAUCUGGGUCGGCCUCGCGUUCUUCUAUGGCGGCCUCGCGCAGCUGCUGGCCGGCAUGUGGGAGUUCAAGAAGAACAACACUUUCGGCGCCACCGCGUUCUCCACCUACGGUGCCUUCUGGUUGGGCCUUGGUUUCUUCGUUCUCCUCAAGAUUCUUGGCUACACCACGAUGCUUCAGGCCACCGACGUGUCUGAGGCUCUCGGGUGGUUCCUGUCGGGUUUCUUCAUCUUCAACAGCUACAUGAACGUGUGCGCGCUCAUGGCGAACCACGCCGUGCUGCUCGUUUUCUCGCUGCUCGAGAUCACCCUGCUGCUGCUCUUCAUCGGGAAUUUCAACCACCAGCAUCCUGGACAGGGCUGGAUCAAGGCUGGCGGCUACUUUGGCCUCUUCACUGCCAUUGCUGCCUGGUAUGCUUCAGGUGCGGCCUGCUUCAACGCCAUGGCCGGCAAGACGGUGCUGUACGUUGGUAAGCCCAUCCUCAAGUUCGACAGGAGCGAGUAAAUCACGGAUGGUCAGCGGAACUACUUCCAGCUUCAGGGUUUGGACACAAAGUUGGUUAUUCAAUAACUUAGCAGAGCGUGGCGUAUUGUUCAGAACUUCAGACAGCACUAGGGCUAGUGAGUUUGUUUUUGCUGCUGCGGAGAGCCGCCUGCGGGUUAGGGCAUACCGGUAGCUUGACGGGCUUUCCUAAGGAGACCCGUUGGGAUAAUUAUUCGAGUUUGUUGGCCAUUGUAUGCACAAUUUCAC